UUGUGUGAAAGUGCAUAACUUGCAAAAUGUAAUUCCUGGCAGCCAGGGGCCUUUUACAUUAUAACCGACUCGCUUGCAUAACUAACCUAUUUCACAAAGACUGAAGAUGAGCAUUUAAACAACAGGAGAACGAAUCCCCUAAGAUAAAUCCGUUUUUUUACAAAACCGGCAAGAUGGAGAGACUCUUUCUUGUGCAUGUUCUGUUUACAAUGUGCUGGGCUGUGCCUCAAGACCUCUCAGGUAAAAUGUUCACAUUUCCAAAGGAGUCCGACUCUGAUCAUGUGGGGCUAAUACCAAAGGAAGAAAACUAUCCUUCUGUGACAGUAUGUCUCAGGUAUUUCACAGAUGUCAAGAGGGCGUUUUCCAUCUUUUCCAUGGCAACUCCGACAAGCACCAAUGACUUUCUGUUGUUCAAAGAGUCCAAUGGUGACAUGGAGCUACAUGUUAGAUAUGUGGGAAGUACAUUCACAGGGCUACCAGAUGAGCAGAACAUGUGGAUGGCUCUGUGUGGGAGCUGGGACUCAGUCACCGGACUCAGUCGUUGGAUCAAUGGGAAGCCAAGUGCAAGGAAGAUAGGAUACACUGCUGGGAGUGUGCUGAAUGGAAAACCCAUCAUAAUCCUAGGUCAGGAGCAGGAUUCUUAUGGUGGAAAUUUUGAUAAAGGACAAUCGUUUAUUGGACAACUCAGUGUUGUUGAGAAAUGUUGACUACAAUCAAACAUCUGAAUAUGCUUGUGUGUCUAUUCACAACUAUCCUGCAAAUCAUCAUAAAAAAGUGUUUUUCUAAUCAAAUCAAGAAACACAUUAUAUUCUUUCCUAAAGCAAUAUCCUCCAAUGAAUCUAAUAAAAUUACACUCUUUAUAGUAAA